ACAAGCUUAUCAAAGGCUGACAUUAAAUUACUACAAAAAGAACUUACUACAUUCAUAGAUUUGUUCCAAUUUGUCCACUGAUGACAAGGAGAAAAACUUGUAGCCGGACUUGGUACCAACAGCUAGGGAUCUGGAAAGCAAAGAGGUUUAUGAACAACCGAGUCCCAUCUAGCAAGAGAUACCAGCCAACUGAGUAUGAGCAUGCAGCCAACUGUGCCACUCAUGGAUUCUGGAUCAUUCCCAGUAUCCUGGGAAGCUCGGUGUUGUACUUCCUCUCUGAUGACCAGUGGGAGACCAUCUCUGCAUGGAUGUAUGGGACAGGUCUGUCUGGGCUGUUCAUCAUGUCCACCAUGUUCCACACGGUGUCCUGGAAGAAAAGUCAUCUCAGGAAGGUGGAGCAGCGAUUCCACAUGUGCGACAGGAUGGUGAUAUAUUUCUUUAUAGCUGCAUCUUAUGCACCCUGGCUGAACCUGAGGGAACUCGGACCCUGGGCUGUGCACAUGCGCUGGUUGGUGUGGAUCAUGGCUUGCGCUGGCUCUGCCUACGUCUUCUUGUUUCAUGAGAAGAACAAGAUACUAGACUUACUGUGCUACACCGCCAUGGGAGCUGUUCCUGCUGUUGUUCUUCUGUCAAUGCCUAACAGAGAGGGCAUAUUAGAGCUGUCAGUGGGCGGAGUCUUCUACUGCCUGGGAAUUGUCUUCUUCAAGAGUGAUGGCCUCAUCCCAUUCGCUCAUGCCAUCUGGCACGUCUUUGUGGCAGUGGGGGCAGGCAUACACUAUUAUGCCAUCUGGAGGUACUUGUAUGCAACGGGGACCGGCCAAAUCAAAAUAUCCAGGUGACAGAUGAAGAAGAUCUCAAGCAUGUUCACACAUACAGGGUUUAUUGAGCUAUAAAAGACAAUGUAUCUGAUCAUGAGCUGCCUUUGCAUCCCUCUAUAUUAAUCAUAGACGGGCAUGUUUUAGUACUGUUAGUCUAAAAUGUAUUUUUAUAUAGAAGGAUUUCUGUCCUGUUAACUCAGCACCUUCUGGCCAGUCUAUUUUUGCAGAUGUAGUCUUAACCUGUUGACAUAAUGUACUGUUUUACCCGUCAGUGUUUACAGGCAAAAUGUGUAUAAUACAGAAGACAUGAAUAACAUUCCAUAUCCUUUAACUGAGCUGAUCUCUGCCUUGAUAUGAACUCCCAUAAUCAGACUGUGCUUAUGAAAGUCAUUUAUUGGCAUUGAGCAGAAAAAUUAUUUCCAGGUACAGUAUUUCUACUACUGUGAUCUUGUAGUAAUGUAUAUGUACAAACAUUUUAGAAAUGAUCUUUUAAUUGUGGCACAAUGGAUCAUGACUAUGGGGUUGUGAUCAUGUUUAGAUGGGAUGGAAAGUUAGAGGGG